GAGAGGCAGAGGCAGUCCCUGAGAGGAAGAAGGAUUUUCUGUGGGAGACUGGUUCAAGAUUCACCAACUCUCUGAGAACUAGGGAGUCCAGUGUGAUUGGAACAGAACCUUCUAAAAGACAGCAAGGAUAGGGGGGACAAAAGCCAUGACUCUGAACAAUGUCACAAUGCGUCGCAGCAGCAGUGCCUUGCAACCUCAGCAGCAGCGCUGGAGCAUCCCAGCAGACACGAGGCACUUGAUGGUCCAGAAAGACCCUCGUGAGUCCAACCGACAUAAAAGGUACACCAUCAACCCCGAAGAGUAUUACCGAAGAAGCUGGUCCUCGGAGUCUUCUGAUUCUGUCAUCUCCUCUGAAUCAGGAAAUAGCUACUACCGAGUGGUCCUCAUCGGGGAUCAAGGAGUCGGCAAAACAACCAUCGCCAACAUCUUUGCAGGUGUUCACGAUAGUUUGGACAGUGACUGCGAAGUUCUAGGAGAAGACACAUAUGAACGAACCUUACUGGUAGAUGGUGAAAGUGCAACAGUCAUACUCAUUGACAUGUGGGAAAAUAAGGGUGAACAUGGAUGGCUCCAAGAACACUGCAUGCAAGUUGGAGAUGCAUAUUUGAUUGUCUAUUCCAUCACAGAUCGUGCAAGCUUUGAGAGAGCAUCAGAACUCAGAAUACAGCUACGCAGGGCACGCCAAACAGAAGACAUUCCAAUUAUUUUAGUAGGCAACAAAAGUGACCUAGUCAGGUGCCGGGAAGUCUCUGUUUCAGAAGGCAGAGCCUGUGCUGUCGUGUUUGACUGCAAGUUCAUUGAGACCUCAGCAGCUGUCCAGCAUAAUGUGAAGGAGCUGUUUGAAGGCAUUGUGCGUCAAGUGCGGCUAAGAAGAGACAGUAAGGAGAAGAAUGAAAAAAGGCUGGCAUAUCAAAAGAGGAGAGAAAGCAUCCCUAAGAAAGCCAGGCGAUUCUGGGGCAAAAUUGUAGCCAAGAAGAACAAGAACAUGGCCUUCAAACUGAAAUCCAAGUCUUGCCAUGAUCUCUCUGUCCUUUAGAAACAUUAGACUCUCCUAGACAUUAUCCUUCAUGAACACUAUUCAACUCCAUUUUGAACAAUACAUCAGUCUAUAUUAGAUUGAUCAAUAUGAAAUGUAAGUUUGACUUGGAUUCACAACUGUGAUUAUUGUGACAAAAUGUGCCAGCAAUAAGCACAGUCUAAUGCAUGCAUGGGAAAAGAAAUGCCAUUUAUACUUUUUGUUUUGUUUUAUUUCGUUUGUUUAAGAGUGUGAAUGUGUUGAGUGUGGGAGAGAACUUUUGUCUUACCUGAUACACAAGAACAUUCCAAAUGUAAGUGUGUCCACAAAAACACAAACUGUUUCCCUUGUUGCCUUUUCUACAGUCCAGAAAGCAUUGUUUGGAAAAUGGAUGGUGUUUUCAUCCUUAUUUCUUGCUUAUUCUUCUAUAAGCCAAGGAAAGGGAACUGAUAGAGAUGCCUUCUUCCUCAUGAACCAGAUGAUUUUUGUAAGUGCCAACAGCUGAAAAUCUUUCUUACAAUAUCGUUUUUUCCAAUGACCAAGUGAAAACUAUCAACAGCAUUCAGAUAAUCAAGUGUUUGGAUAAAUGGAAACACUGCAUACAACACUCAGGGUAGGUGAUUGGUAUUUUUAGUUUAUUAGUGGAUGAAGAUGCAUAGAAGAAUUCUUUGUUUAUAUCUUCAGACAUCCAAUUAUCUUAACAACUAGAGGCCAUGCUAGCCAAGAGACUCUGAGAGUUGUAGUCAAAAGGUAACAUUUCCAAGAUGGGUUCAAAACACAGGGCUGGAUUCAGAGGUCUGCUAGUGCUAGUGGGACUGGGAUGGAUGGUGAUAAUCCUAGUUCACUUUUCCCCUCAGCCCCCUUUCAUCUAGCAAAUCAUUGUGGAAUCUCUGUCCCUCCAGAUGUUUUAGACUUUAGCUCCCAGAAGCUCUAAUUAAUACUGAUAAUAAUAUGGAAUAGUGGGAGUUGUAGUCUAAGGCAUCAGGAGAGCAAAAAGUCAAGUGUUAACCCAGUGCAUAGUUAUAGGAAGCAACUCUGUAUUGCGACUUUCUGAAUAUUUUCUUGGUGAUUUAAAAAAAGCAGAAAAUGUAAGAAAGAAAAUCAAGUGCAAAAUGCCAAUUUUGAGGCACGGGGGGGAAUCUUUUAUAUAACAAUCCACAAAGACAUUUUAUGCUCAGAUCUAAUGUUUGUAUUAUGCAAUAACUGUUUGUAUUUAUUAUCUUUUAAGUAUUAAUUGUAUUUUUAAUGGGUCAACUGUAGAAAAGGGUGGGGGCAGGGGAGAAGUAGUCUUGAAAUAUAUUUAUUAAGUGAUUUCCUAAAAAAUGUUGAUUUUAUUACUGUUUUCUAUAUAAUAUCUUUUGGAUUAAGCAACAUUUUAUUUACAUGCCUUGUAAUAAAUCAAUAAAAGGUUUCAUUACCUUUGAA